AUGUCAGAUGAAGUAUUUUCUGGCGGAGCCACUACUUCACAACACGUGGAUGCUGAAGACGACGAUCAUUUUGAAAACACCACCUUUAAGUUGAAAAGAACGAGAUCUUUAGGUCUACUUGAUGAAUUCAUACCGGAAAAGCUCAAAGAUCAAUCGUUGGAAACUGAGAAAACGCCGAGAAAUACAAAUAAUGGCGCCAAAACAACCACAUCAUCAAACGAUCAUCUGGAUGUCAAUAAUCAACAAAAUAGCAAUCAAUCUACAUCGGUAUCAUCUUCGCCUUCACCAGUUGCUUCUCCUACAACAGGCCCGGCUGUAAAUCUACAAUCUCCUGAAUUGAUUCCAUAUGAUGACACCGAUGUGGCAGCAGAACCGUCACGCCACGUUGACUAUUUAUCCCAUCAAUGGGAUGUAUCGGAUAUUUCUAAAUCAUGGAGAUACGUUGUGUCAAACAAACAUGAUGUGGCCAAUGCUGCUCGAUUAGAAAACGCUUCAUGGAGAACAUGGGCACAAAGAAGAUCGAAUUUGAAAACAAUCAGCCCCGAAGUUGUCAAUUGGGCAAAGGAUACCGAUGUUACUUGGCUAUAUGGUCCAAUAUUAAAGAACAAAGGGGCUUCUUCCAAUGGUGAUGGCAACGGAAAUGACGAAAAUGAGGAUGAUAUAAAUCAUGAACCCACAGCCACAAGUGCUGUUGCAGGAGAUUUAUCAAUACCUAAAAAAACAAAAAACAAAAAUGCACCGAAACCAAUAUUAAAGAAGCGAACGAUAGAAGAAUCCAUUAUCAGUCACACAAAUUUGCUUAAAUUGGAGUUGGCAUCGAGUAUUCACCAAAAGAAGAGAGAUCAACAAUUGAAACAACAACAAGAAUUGCGAAAGCAAAACCACGGAACUGAUGAAUAUUUUGACUACAAUGCUCUUCUGAAUAAACUAAACAGUCAGUAUUCCAACAAUCAAGCUACAGAAAACUCAAAUGUGGUAAAAUUUCAAAAUUUGCUCAAUUCAGACUCGUCAUCACCGGCUACUGUUAAACAAGACAUUAACAAGCCUGGAAAUACCGCUUUGAAAGAUAAUGAAGCAGAGGGGGCUACAGGGGAGGAAGACAACCACGAAAAUGAAAGACAUAUACACUUCAACGAUGUAGUACAACAGUGCAUGGCUUGGGAUUCUUUUUCAGAUGACAAUGAUGAAGGCGGCUACAGUGAAUAUGAUGAUACUGACGAAGUGUAUGAUGAUUACGACGACCAAGUCAACAAUAAUUUGAUUAGAAGCCAUUUGUAUGAGGGAGACUUGGAAAAUGAUGAAAGUGGCGACGACGAUGACGACGAUGGCGACGAUGAUGAAGGUGGGUUCUUUUUGAAAGUAAGAUCUAAUUCAAACCCUGCAUUAAAAUUGGCUCCAAGUCAAGGCUCUUCACCAUCAAUAAAGGGUCACGACCAAGCUGAUUUGGAAUCUUUGCCACCCCUCAAACGAUGCACGUCUAUAAAGUAUUUACCUCCAACGACAUUGAAUUAUGGCUCAGACGAAGAUUCAAGUGAUGAGGAUUAUCCAUAUACUUCAAGUUUAUCUCAUAAUGUGGGUAACGACAUAAGUAGAGGGUAUGAUUAUUAUUAUGAUUACAAUACUGUGUAUCCAAGUGAUCCAUAUCAGUAUCAAGGAUAUCAUACACCAGAUGUAGUUGAUGUACCUGAAAAUCUAGAUAUGGGAUCAAAUGUCAACUACGAUCUAAUUGAUAACAAUGACAUGGCAGUAGGAACAUCAGAACACAAUGAACAUAGCGGAGGACAAAUCAUUCAUGGAGAGCAUAAGGCACAUGGAGGAGAUGUCUCGCCAACAUCACAUAGCUCACCUUCAUCACCUUUAUCGGGGCCCAAAGCGCCUGUGUCAUCUUUGGCGCCCCCUGCACAUACAUACCCAUCUCAUACCAACCAACUGCAUUCUCAAUCUAUACAUAUGCCAUUCCAAUUGAGUGAUUCUGAAAGUGAUUCAGAUGAUGACGAGGAAGAAGGAUUAAGUAUAGGAACUCGAAGGUCGAGUCAAGCUUUGGCUGAACUGAUUUUCCAUGGACAUAACCCGUUAACAGAGAGUAAGAAUUAG